AAAAAUCUCUCCUUGCUGUGUCGCUCCCAUGGCACCCUAAUCUAUCGCUGCGUUUCUCUUCAUUUAGCGUGCAUCUCUUCCAAGUAUCAAAGCUACAAUGUCCACCACACAAAAUCCCGCUUCAAUCCCAGGUCCUUUCGGCCUGCCCCGCAUUACAACAUUGUUGGCCUCAUUACUCGUUGCCCUGGGAGCGGGAACGAAUUAUGUUUACUCAGCCUACGCCCCACAGCUGGGACACAGACUAAAUCUCAGUCAUACAGAACUCAACCUUAUUGCGCUUGGAGGAAAUGUCGGUGUAUACAGUACCGGACCGGUGUGGGGAAAGAUAGUCGACAGUCGGGGUCCACGUAUACUGAUGGCUGCGUCCUUCACACUGCUCCUACUGGGAUAUUCUGGCAUUCGACACGUCUAUGACGCCGGAUUAAAAGCUGACCAGUCCACCAUCACCACGUUGGCACUUUGCAUGCUCGCGCUAUUCGGCUUCAUGACGGGCGCGGGUGGGAACUCGGCCUUAUCUGGGGCCGUCAAUUCAACAGCAAAAACCUUCCCAGAGAGACUUCGCGCAUCUACGACGGGAAUAGUCUUAUCGGGUUUCGGAUUGUCUGCCUUCCUAUUUUCCUCUAUAGCCCACUUUGCUUUCCCAGGCGAUACAUCUUCUUUCCUGUUGGUUUUAUCCCUGGGAACUGCUCUGCCUGAGGUGGUGGGUUACUUUUUCGUUCGGCCUAUUCCAUUGCCCGCAUCAGAACAGCGACAUGUUCCCGAGGGGGACGCGGAGGCUGCCCCUUACCACGAGAACAGCAGCCGAACGCACUUAUUGGGCAUAGAAGAUGAGAUCUCUGUCAUUUUACAUCAUGCAAGCCCGACUACACCUGCAGAAGAUUAUAUUCCUGGAGCAGCCGAUGCUUUGGAACUUAGCCCUUCCAGGAGCAUGUCUCCGUCUCAGAUCAAUACUCCCAGACAUCGCUCGAGGAGCAGUGGGAGAAGUUUCAGCCUUGCCGGACGUAGUCUCCUGCACGAAAAGCCCCCCAACAUCCAUGGCCGGAAACUGUGGUGCACUCCGGAGUUUUGGCUCAUGUGUUCAAUCCUCUCACUCUUGAGCGGAACCGGAAUUAUGUACAUCAACAAUGUCGGUUCGAUGUCUCAAGCGCUUUUCGCUCACGAUAACCCUACAUAUGACGAAAAUGACGCUAUUCCAUGGCAAGCCGCCCAGGUUUCCGCUAUCAGCGUCAUGAACUGUCUCGGCCGCGUCAUUAUAGGAUUCAUUUCCGAUUUUGCGAAACACCACUAUGAGAUGUCCAGGUGUUACAACCUGGUGUUGGUGUCCUUCCUUGUUCUACUUUCGCAGAUCCUAGCGUCUCAAAUCGACGACGUACGCCACUUGUGGCAAGUCAGCACGUUACUCGGCCUUGCGUAUGGAUCUAUUUUCGGGAUUUACCCUACUCUCUGUAUAGAGUGGUUUGGCAUGCCUCAUUUCUCAGAGAACUGGGGUUACAUAUCAUUAGCGCCUAUGGCGGGUGGUAACCUCUUUUCGCUGGCGUUCGGUAAUAAUUUGGACGCGCAUGCGCCCAAAGACACACAGUCGGAGCCUACGGCGUUGAGGGGAGAGCGGCAAUGUUUGGAAGGGAAAGCGUGUUAUGUGGACACGAUUUAUUUGACUAUUGCUGGCUGCUUCUUGGCGUUAGGCUUGAGCGUGUAUGCGUGCUGGAGGGACCGUCAAAAGCAUACAUACGAGCCGUUAGAUUGGGAUGAUGACGAUGAAGAAGAUUGAAGGCUAAAAUGUUUUAGGUAUUCUUAUAGACUGUACUGUACACCAUGCGUAAUGGAACAUCGCGUCUUCGUUGUUUGAGUU